UACAUGUAAAUACACUGAUCGUGUAAUACACCUUUAUAAAUAGAUGACGUAAGUGUUGUAAUAUGCUAUAAUUUUGCAUUUUUGGUACUGUCGAACAGAUGUGUAAAAUUCACAUUUAAAAUUUCGUUGAAAAAAGUAAAGAAACAUAAACAAGAUGCUAUCAAACGGGCAAAUAAUCGGUGAUGGAUCUUGGACUUUACGAGUGUACGUUACGGAUUUACAAACUGAGAGGAGUCUUCGAGUUCGAGGUGAUUUGCACAUUGGGGGUGUAAUGUUGAAACUUGUAGAGGAACUAGAAAUUUCAAUGGAUUGGUCAGAUCAUGCACUUUGGUGGCCUCAACGAAAUAUUUGGUUGACUCGUACAAAAUCUACACUUGAUCAGUGUGGAGUACAUGGAGAUGCUUUAUUGUAUUUUACUCCUAUGCACAAAAAUUUAAAAGUGCAAUUGCCAGACUUAAGAUACUUAGAUAUGAGAGUAGAUUUUUCUGUUAAAACGUUUUCAGCUGUUGUUGCUGUUUGUAAAGAUUUGGGAAUAAGACAUCCAGAAGAACUAUCAUUUUGUAAACCUUUGGAAGUUAAUCAUUUGAAAUAUAAUUAUAAAGAUUUACCUAAGAAGAAAUUGGAGCAAAAUUCUAGUCAUAAAAAUGGUCAACCUCACUUACCAGCUGACACCAACACUUUUAUAGCAAACACAAGCCCUGCUGGUAGCACAGGCAGUUUGGAUAAAACAGCUUUUCUUUGUGCUCCAGUAACACCUCAAAAACCACCAUUAAAUUCACCAAUAAGCACCCCAUUGAGUAACAUAAAUACUUGGAGUAAGGAUAAUUAUGAUUCUAACAAUGGAUACUCACCAACCAUUCUCAAUGGAGAGCAACUUAAUACUAGUUAUGAUCAAACAUUGGCACAUAGUCCAGCUGCAAGUCCAGAAGCAAAAAGCCGCCUUGUCAGACCAAAAAGUUUCAUUGAAAGAGCAAGAAUGAACUUACAAAUUAGUUUACAAGGCAUUGAGCCACAGCACAUUUCAGAAAAUGGAAAUUUUCAAUCUGGUAAUGAAGACGAUAUCGAUGCAGCUCUUUCAGAUUUGCAAAACACAUUAGAAGGUGCUAAUAUAUCCUUUCAAAAUGACAUAACACAAGUGCCUGAACUGUGUGAUGAACUCAGAUUUUUGAAGCCUAAAAGGUACACCUUGAAAGCCUUUAAGAAGUAUUGGUUUACUUGUAAAGAUCUGCAUCUAUACUUGUACAAAAGUAAGGAAGAAAUGAUACAUCAUGGUGUGCCGGCUCAUUCUAUUAAUCUGAAAGGCUGUGAAGCAACUCCUGAUGUAAAUAUCGGUCAAAAUAAAUUUGGCAUAAAACUGGAAGUGCCUAGUUCAGAAGGAAUGUGUGAAAUAUACAUUCGAUGUGACGAUGAACAUCAGUAUGCUAAGUGGAUGGCUGCUUGCAGAUUAGCAUCUAAAGGAAGAUCAUUGGCUGAUAGUUCUUAUAAUUCGGAAGUAAAAACCAUACUUGACUUUCUACAAAUGCAAAAACCAACCAACAGUCCUACAGUUGACCCAAACAGUUAUAAUAUUCAACCAGAAGAUUUUGUUGCUCCUAGGUUUCUGAGAAAGUUAAAAGGAAAGCUAGUUCAUAAGAUAUUAGAAGCUCAUGCAAAUGUGAAACAUCUGCCUUUAAUAGAAGCAAAACUAAAUUAUAUAAAAGCUUGGCAAUCAUUACCGGAAUAUGGUGUUACACUGUUUGUUGUAAGAUUUAUGGGAUGCAAAAAAGAUGAACUCUUAGGGGUCGCUCACAAUCGUCUCAUGAAACUGGAUAUUAAUAAUGGAGAUCACCUUAAAACUUGGAGAUUUAAUAAUAUGAAGGCGUGGAAUGUAAAUUGGGAAGUAAAACAUAUGAUGGUUCAAUUUGAAGAAGAAAAUAUCAUAUUCAGUUGUUUAUCAGCGGAUUGCAAGGUUGUUCAUGAAUUCAUUGGUGGAUACAUAUUUCUAUCAAUGAGAUCAAAAGAAGCAAAUCAAGCGCUGAACGAGGAACUUUUCCAUAAACUCACCGGAGGGUGGGUGUAAUUGACUAAAACUUGAAAAGUUGUAUGGCAAAAUACGUGCCUCUUGAAAAUCAAAUUAAAAUCGAAAAAUGUGGGCAAUCCUGACAGAUUGUUUUUGGCAUGUGAACUAUAUCGCCUUUAUAGUUCGUUUAAUAAAAGAUACUCUGUUUAUUUUACUAACUUCAAGAUAAAAGUACAAUAAGAUAAUUGAAUUAUUUAUUUAAAUAACACAAGAUGAAUGAUAUUUUUAAUAACAAAUAAACAAUUAUAGAAUGUGCUUUGUAAAAUUUACUUUGUUAUUUACAGAAUUUACAUAGCGCUAAAUUAUAUUUAUUUGAUUCUGUAACUAAUUGUGUGUAAGGGGGGCAUUCAUUAAUGACGUGAGCUUAAAAUGAUGGGUCUAGCAAAAACUUAUCAAAUCUCAUUUAAAGGAGGCGGAGAUCAUUGAAAAUCUCAGGUCAACAUUUUAAUUCAAAGAUCAUUAUAUACAGAUAGUAAAAAACGUUUAUUAAAUUCAUGUUCCCUUUUUUGCACGGAUAAAUUUAACGUGAGGGGUAGAAAAUAAAAACACCUCACUUGAUUAAUGAACGUCUCCUAAUAUCACGUAAAACAUAAUUUGUUUUUAAUACUAAUAUCUGUCCUAAAUGUAAUUUUUUUAUAAUACAUUAACUAAAUAGUAUUGUAAUUUAAAUUGU